AUGGCCACAAGCAGUGGUCGUCACAACAGUCGCCGCAGACAUUAUGAGGAAGAUGAUGACCAUCAUGUCAUGAUGGUAUCGGGUCACUCUGAACUAAGCAGUGUGUCCUUCUAUACUGAUGAUCACAUGAUGGAGGGAGAAAUACCCACCUUUUCUCCUUUUUUGGCGACUGGCACACCUUUGGAGGAGGAGGAGGACGAAGAAGAAGGCAAUGACAAGGCAGUAUUCCACGACGACGAUGAUAGGAACCAUCCUUUCGAUGGGGAUGAUGACAUGUACAGCUUUGAUGAUGACUGCUCUUCCAUGGAUAGUGCAGAACUGAGAGAGGCGGCUGUUCGUGCUGGAUUUUUGGCGGUGUUUUUGGGCUGGAUUCAAAAUGAUCUGCUCCAACUCAUGUUCAACUGCUUUGAUUUUAUACUCAGAUGUCUCAAGUGUGUCAAAGGAGGAGAUAAUGGAGACUCUCCCCAGGAAGAGAUUCUUGAUCUUGCUAUGGAUGCUGUUGACGUUAAUGAUGUGAUGAUGGCUGAUCCGUCUGCAAUAACAGCUACCUCUGGGCAUACUGCCGGAACUGCUUCGGGAACUGCAUCUGCCACUGCUACUACUACUACUACCACAACAACAAAUGCAGCUGCUGGUGCUACAGCAACAUCCACUACCACAGCCGCUCAACAAACCACUGCCUUUGUGGGCAUGCAAAUGGCCACCUCAGCGGCCCAAGGAGCUGCGGGGGCAACAGGAGCAGCAACUGCAUCGGCAACAGCCACAGCAGCAGCCACUACAACAAGUAUUCUGGGAACUGUCAGCAGUGCUGUUGUAUCUGCUGGUGCUGCCAGCCAAGUUGGUGUGGCAGUAGGCGUGGCAGCUGUAGCCAUUGUUUCAACAGGAGUUUCUGUUGUCAACAAUGCCAAUAAAGAAGUGGCCAAUGCCCGUCCCCUUGUUGUCUUGCCAAAUUGUUCUGGUGAUGCCAGAAUGUUUCGGACUGGUUUUGUGGAUCUACACAUUGAAGGUUUACCUCUUCCCGGCAAUUCAACAUUAUGGCAAGAUGUCAAGGAAGAAGUCGAGUUUCUGUUUCAAUCCAUAUACAAUAACUUGACUGGGAUGUGCCUGGAUCCUUUUGAUCGGGUUUUGUGGAAUGCCACCUUGGAGAAUUGGGACACAGUAGCCACAUUUGAAGAAUACACCAACAAGACAGCACCAGUGGAUGCUUCCAUCAAUGAAUUCAGCAACCGCAGCACACAUCCCACAACAACCAUCACCUACUGGAAAGCAGAAGUCUCCUGCACUGGGUGUCCAGAGUUUGAACCACUCUUUGAUCAUACAAUGAUGACCACAUCUGUCCAUAAAAGAAUACUCCAGCAUUCUCUUGAGGAGAGUACCAAGAAUACUCACAGAAAUUCAAUGGGGAAUCAAUCAAAGGCAUCCUUACACCCAGUGGGAGUGAACCUGGGCUAUGCGGAGUUCUUCCCUGUGUUUGCUGCAACCUUUGGUUUUCAUAUUGCAUCAAGUCUUCAAUCUUUCAUGCAUGAUUUAAACAGCACAGAUACAAACUCAAACGGCUGGCGGGACAAAAUUCGGGUGACACAGGCUGUAUCAAAAUCUCCAAUGCAAGCAUCUACAGAAACAAAUGGAACAACUGAAGAAUUUGUGACUGUUGCAACGCUCGAAGAACAUGACAUCCAAGAAUAUGGAGACUUUGUACAAGCAUCUGGGGGGAAAGUUAUUGCACCUUUCAUGGUAGAAGAGCUUGCUGCAAUUUCAGAUUGCCUUAGAACAAGCAGCAACAAUGAAUCUUCCAGUUUUUGUGCUAGAUUGGAUUCCAUUGACCAAGAAGAAACCAUGAGGUGUUUGGAUGGUGAUUCAUUGUCAUCGGCCGAGUGUUCACUGGUCUUGGAAGGCUUGAUCACCAACCCCAUAUAUCCAUCACAGUCAGAUUCAAGUGAGGCACCAGUAGGGGUACCUGCAUUUGAAGGAGGGACACAAGAACUGGAUUCUGUACGAGAGGCAGAAGUAGAACCUACAACCCAAACCCCACCAGCUCCCCUGAACAGCUCACCACAGCCAACAUCAACAUCAUUAGGGACCUCGGCUACCAGUGUGACACUUGUACCCCAACAAUCAGAUCAACCAUCUGACACUACAUUUGUGCCUUCACCUCCCCUCACAUUUGAGCCUUCACCUGUUCCAACAGCUGAACCGACCACUGACCAGCCCAAUCAGCCUUCUGAAACUGAUCCAACACCUGAGCCUACCCUUGACCCAUCCAUUGAGCCUACGCCUGACCCCACAUUUGAGCGGACACCUGACCAAACAGCUGGAGCUACAGUUGUCUCACCCGGGUCUCAGCAUAGUGACCAGCCACAAGAUCCAACAGUCAGUACCCCUACUACUUCUCCCCAAAUUGCCACUGUGUCACUUGUGCUGUCUCCUAAGCCAACUCCCGAACCUGUGGGUACAGCUUCAGCUUUUGCCAACGUAUCCAUUGUGCUAUCACCGCAGCCAUCAACCCCCCAACCUGUUGAAGCAGUAUCAAUUGCAAAUGUCUCUAUUGUGCUAUCACCCCAGCCAACAGAGAUAAUAGAAGCCCCUACAACUCAGCCACCCACUCUUACCCCAACUAAUCAACCACCCACUCAACUUCCUACAACUCUACCACAAACUCUGCCACCCACAACUCUUCCACCAACAAAAGAGGAGUGCAGUUUGCCUUUCACAACCUAUGAUGAAGUCUAUUAUUUAUCUUUUGAAGGAGACCCCAGCGUGAUGCAGGAUGACCAAGUGACCUCAGCUUUUGAGACGGCCUAUAAAAACUUAGAUCCAGCUGUCUGUGACCCACAAAUCUUGGAUGUGACAGUAGAAGAAUGGUACACCAGGCGGCGACUGCAACAAAUUAAUCCACAGAUUGGGCUGCGCAUUCAAACUGAACAGACAGCCCCAGGUCUGCCACUUCCAGCAGGAGCAGAUUCAAUUGUAUUUUUGAACAGUAUUAAUGGAGUGUUCCAAGGUACUGGUGUGGUUGCCGUUGGUUUCAGCAAAACACUCAUUACCCGAAACCCAACGAAUGCCCCGAGUAAGGUUCCUUCUCAACACCCAUCCAGCAGCCCCAGUGAAUCUCCUUCCCAACAUCCUUCCAGUAAUCCUUCCAACUACCCUUCUGAUGGAUCAACAUCUCCCAGAUCAUCAAUCCCCUCAUCAAUCCCCACUGCCGCACCAGGAUAUCCCACUGCAGGUCCAGUAACUGAAAAUCCAUCACAAAUUCCUUCCUUGCAGCCUUCUAGCAAUCCCUCUUUGGUUCCAUCCUCUCUGCCAUCGGCCAACAGGGACACCAGGAGAUCCCACUGCCAAUCCAAUAACUGCAAACCCCUCCAGAAUUCCAUCUAA